CUCCCAAGUGAAAUUCGCGCACUCAACACUUGAUUUGGCUAAACCCUAAAACCCUAAACGCAUCAACCACAAAGCUUCAAGAAAUGGCUGCUGCUUUCAGUGGAAGCCGAUUCAAAGAGUUCGUCAAGAAAUACGGGAAAGUGGCACUUGGCGUCCACUUCUCAGUUUCUGCCGCUUCCAUAACCGGCCUUUACGUGGCAAUCAAGAACAACGUCGACGUCGAAUCGUUGUUCGACAAGUUACAUCUCCCGGACUUCUCGAACGACCAAAAGAACCAAAACCCGUCUCCACAAUCAGAUGGGUUUUUGAUGGAAGAACCGAUGGAGGAAUCAAGGGUGGUGGCGGUCGAGGAGAAGCAAAGGAAUCGGACGGCUGAGCUUGCUGCUUCCACUGGCGGAGCCCUUGCAUUGGCUGUGAUUUGUAACAAGGCGUUGUUCCCUGUUCGUGUUCCGAUCACCGUCGCGCUCACGCCUCCCAUUGCUAGGUUUUUGGCUCGGAGGAGGAUCAUUAAGAUUUAAGAAUACUGUAUGAAUUCCUUUUUCUUUUUGAAAUUAUCUAUAUUCCAUUUGAAUGGUUCUUUUGGAGAAGAAGAGUGAUGGUUGUCGAGAGCUACACUUUUUGUAUUUAAACUGGAAAUGGGACAACGAUUCUGCAAUAAUAAUGUACUUAGAUGGUCGAUUUAGAUAUAUUACUGUUGUUGAUAAA